AUGGUGCCCACCAAUACACUUUUUACCCGCGCCCUCUCGGCCCCACUGGACCUCAUCGACGAGCUGGCCAAGUCGAAUACACCAGCCGAUCUGCCCCAAGCUGUGGGCCAGGCAUUUGAGGAAGCUUUUGGGGAUCGGGAGAGCAGGAGCAGAGUGCCCUUCUUGACUGCCAAGAAUGCUGAGAGCCUGGUGGGCAAGACUGUCAGGUGGAGGGCGAUGGUGCAGGACAAUUCGCUCGGAAACGAGAUCGUCCUAGCGAUGAUGCCUCCUAGCGGUUCUCACGGCCCACGCAAUGCUCUCUAUGGAGGUGAUUCCCUCAUCUCUCCCGACGACGCGAGCGACGACGCCGAGGCAUCGCUAAGCAGCGAUGCCUUCACCUCUCCAAAGCAGGAGGAUCUGUCCGAGCGAGCGGUAGUCUACGCCUGCAGUCUGCCUGGCCGUUCGGCAUGGGCCACCCAGGCUGAUGCAUCUUACUCUGCCCUUGAGCAAGGCGCUACAGCCCUCGAGAACGCUGCAGCAACUUCAACUUCAUCCUUCUCUACGUCGUCAUGGCGAGGCAUCAAAUCUAAGCUACCCCUUUCAGACGACGAGGAAGCGACAGGCGUUAUCCUCAAGAUAUAUGACCUUGCAGCGGCAGAGGCCCUUCAAGUGUCAGAUGUGGUCGACGUCGUUGGCAUUCUGGAUCGCUCGAACAUGCCAAACGCGGAGUGGGCCUCAAGUGGGGCACCUUCUUCAUCUUCUUCCUCCUCAUGCCCUCCCGCAGCGCAACUACACCCGGCGUUGCACGUCGUGCUGAUGGAGAUGAGUGAGGAUGUCUGGUCAUCGUCGCGAAGCAAGAAGGAUGCGGCCGACCUGGCAUCAUCUGCAGCUGGGCUCAGCGUCUCAGGCGAUGUAGACCCCCCCACAUCUGCCCGCACGUCUCUCAUCUCCGCCCUCUCCCAGCACCUGCAUGGCGACGUCUUCGCCGCAGAAUGGGCCCUUCUAGCCAGCAUAGCGAGCAUACACACACGCAAAGCGCCUUUCAGCCUCGGACACCUUUCGCUGCGCCUCUUGAUGCCAGCCUCAGAUUCGGACGACGGAUCAAGCGACCUUGAGUCCUUCCUUUCCUCCGUUCUCCCCUCCGUCGCCCCCUUGGACGUUACUCUGAAAGACCUCAACGCAGCACACGUCCGCCUCGCCCCUCGAGCGAGCAGUAAUGAUGCCGAUGAAGGGCUCGGGCUCCUUUCCGGCCGGCUGCAGCUGCCCAAGGGGACAACCUUGCUUGUACGAGAGUCUAUGUCAGAGGGUCAGCUCUCUUCCCAUGGGCUGGAGAACCUCCAGGCUUUGCAAGGAGUGCUGAAGUCGCAGAGUCUGGGAUACGUCUUCCCUUACUCGCCAAGCCCUUAUGCACUUCCCGUGGAUCUGGCGACGAUAGUGGUCAGUGAAGGGGCGGAGAUGCCUGGCGGAGAAGGCAAGGGAAAGAGAAGAGCAGCUGCCACUGGCGGGCUGGUCGAGACAGAUGUUGAGGUGGCGGUGCAGGCGGGAUCACGACAGGCAGACGAGGGCUCUUCGUCAACUUCCGGUGCCUCCCUCCCCUCCCUCCGCCGUCACCUCCUCCAGUCACGUCGUCUCGCCCGCACGCUCCGCGUCAGCGAAUCGGUCGCUCAGUCGAUCCAGGCGGACUUUGUCUCGUCUCGCUCGUCAUCACGAGCCACCUCCUCGCAAGAAGAUCUGCUUCGCCGAAUGGACGUGGCUCGCCUUGUUGCUGCAUCGCAGCUGAAGGACGAGUUGAGCUUUGAAGAUUAUAAGAGGGCCAAGGAAAUGGAUGAGCAGAGACUGGUGAGGCUGCAGGAGAGAAAGGAGGAGGUCAAGAGGGGCGCGGCACAAGGCGCUGGGCCAGCGGCUGUCUCGAGGUAG